CUUUAGAAAGUGAGAAGAUACAUUCCUCAGGUGGGUCACAAGCCACAAAACGAAUGUCCUCUUCUCAUCACAUGUUUAUUGAAAAAUUUAAAGUUGUGGCUUUUUAAAUUGGCAUAUCUGUUAACUGGAUUUUUAAAUGAAUGUAACUGAUUUUGUAGAUCUCAUGUUGGGUGUAUUUGCAAUGAUUUGACGUUUGGUGAGCAUUCAAAAUGUGUUCAUCAGGCAGCUGACUUGUUAAGUUUCUUUAUGUAUGACAUUGCAUGAAAUGUAGAUACUAUUAUAGCUUAUUCUUCUUUCUUUUAGUAUUCACCACUCAUGUAAUGUAAAUAUAUUUGUGGCAAGGUCUCCUCGCACACAAUAGUCUUCCUAAAGUCUAAAUACCAAACAAAAGGCCGCCUCAAAACACAAGUCCCAGAUGGGAAGUGAUAAAGUGAACACGGAGUAUGGGCUUUGUGUGCAUUUUCCACGUAUUCAUGCUCUUUAUUAUGUCAUUUCUAUUGUUGGCAAGGAUUGACUUAAUACAUUCAUUUGUGAUUAUGUCAAUAAGAUAUUUCUUGUACCUAGACUUUAUUGUCUGGUUCCAUUUUUGUACCUAAUUGAAUCCCUGCAUUAAGAUAAAACGUGUAGGUAAUAGUGCUUUAGAACUCCUGGUUGCUGUUCUCCAGACUUUGGUUGGGGUAUGGGUGGUCCUUCCAAGAUAAGAGGACUCCUCUAACAAAAUGUACCUCUUGUUUAUUUUUAUUUGGUUCUCCUUUUACAGGCAGUUGCCAAGUCAUUCAGUGGUCAGCUAAAGGGGGUGAAAGGAAGCUAAGUCCGGUAUUGUAAAGGUUGGUGGGAAAGCUGCACAGCUCAGAGAAUAUGGAGAAUGGAGGGAAGAUCAAUAAAGGCGAAGAAGAUGAGAUGGAAAUCUGUGGUUACAAUCUGUGCCGGUGGAAGUUGGCUCUGGUAGCAGUAGGAAUACUGUGUACUGGUGGCUUUCUGCUGCUCCUUCUCUACUGGCUACCUAAAUGGCGUGUGAGGGCGACGUGCACUAGAAAGACAUUAAAAGAUUGUGAUGUUGUGCUGCUGAGAACCACUGAUGAAUUCAAACAGUGGUUUUGUGCAAAAGUACGAAUACGGGUUUGUCCUGGAACUGACCCUUUUCAGAGUCCUGAAUCCAUGAUAAACAAAGUGACCAACGGACAUGCAAGCCACCUUCCUGAGAGUCCCUCUGAACACACUGAAGAUCAUCCAAUGAACCAUACAACAGCCCCAUUAUAUGAGGUUCGUUAUUUUGUUCAUCACAGUGUGACUUAUUUCUGGAAUGAUUUACACCAAGCAUUCAGCUCCUUGGGGGGUCUGGACGAAGGGGUUUCUUGUUCUACUCUGCACAAUGAGCACAACAAAGGAUUAAGUAAAGAAAUACAUGAUUACAGAAAAUUAUUUUAUGGAAUAAAUGAAAUUACUGUUAAAGUGCCUUCUCUUUUUAAGCUUCUGAUUAAGGAGGUUCUCAACCCUUUUUACAUUUUUCAACUGUUCAGUGUUAUUUUAUGGACCACAGAUGAAUACUACUACUAUGCAUCAGCCAUUGUCCUAAUGUCUGUUCUAUCUGUUAUCAGUUCUUUAUACACCAUUAAAAAGCAAUAUACAAUGUUACAUGAUAUGGUUGCGGCUCACAGUGUUGUCAGAGUUUCCGUGUGCCGUGCAAACGAAGAGGCAGAAGAAAUCCUGUCUAUAGACCUGGUACCUGGAGACGUCAUGCUUAUCCCACCUAAUGGGACCAUAAUGCCCUGUGAUGCUGUCCUGAUUAGUGGAACUUGCAUUGUAAAUGAAAGCAUGUUAACAGGUGAAAGUGUUCCUGUGACAAAGACCAACUUGCCAGAUCCUUCUAGUUCCAGAGAAGGACAAGAUGAAAUCUAUAGCACAGAAGUUCACAAACGCCACACAUUAUUUUGUGGGACCAAUGUCAUUCAAACCAGAUUUUAUGCUGGAGAGCCUGUCAAAGCCAUAAUUGUUCGGACAGGAUUCAGCACAUCUAAAGGACAGCUUAUUCGCUCCAUAUUGUAUCCAAAGCCAACAGACUUCAAACUUUACAGAGAUGCCUAUCUGUUCCUGCUCUGUCUGGUUGCGGUGGCUGGGGUUGGGUUCCUUUACACAGUUGUAAAUAGUAUUUUAAAUCAGGUCUCCGCUAGCACUAUUGUUAUUGAGUCACUUGACAUCAUAACCAUUACAGUACCUCCUGCCCUUCCUGCUGCUUUAACUGCUGGGAUUGUGUAUGCACAGAGGCGCCUGAAAAAACUUGGCAUCUUUUGUAUCAGCCCACAGAGAAUCAACAUUUGUGGACAGUUAAACCUCAUAUGCUUUGACAAGACUGGCACUCUUACUGAAGACGGACUGGACCUUUGGGGAAUCCAGAGAGUAGAUCAUGCACGGUUCCUUCUGUCAGAAGAAAAAGCUUGCAGUGAGGGUUUGGUCACGUCUCAUUUUGUUGCCUGUAUGGCAACCUGCCAUUCACUCACAAAGAUUGAUGGAGUGAUUUCAGGUGAUCCUCUAGACUUAAAAAUGUUUGAAGCCAUAGGAUGGAUCCUGGAAGAAGCCACUGAGGAGGAGACUGCACUACAUAACAAGAUAAUGCCAACAGUUGUUAAACCUCCUAAACAACCGGGCACAGAGCUUAAACCUGCAGACAGUGAGGAAAUGGAACUGUUUGAAUUACAGACAUCAUAUGAGAUUGGAAUUGUACGACAGUUUCCUUUCUCUUCAGCUUUGCAGCGUAUGGCAGUAGUUGCCAAAGUGCUUGGAGAAAAACGGAUGGAUGCUUAUGUGAAAGGAGCUCCAGAAGUGGUAGCCAGCCUUUGUAAGCCAGAGACAGUUCCGUCAGAUUUUUCAUCUGUUUUAGAGGACUACACAAAGGAGGGGUACCGUGUUAUUGCACUUGCACACAGAAAACUGGAGUCAAAAAUUGCAUGGCACAAAGUCCAAAAUAUUAGUAGAGAUGCAAUUGAAAACAACAUGACAUUCCUGGGGUUGAUUAUUAUGCAAAAUAAAUUAAAACGGGAGACUCCAGAUGUACUUGAAGACCUUCGGAAAGCCAACAUACGUAUGGUCAUGGUCACAGGAGACAACAUGUUGACUGCAAUUUCUGUUGCCCGGGACUGUGGAAUGAUUCUACCUCAUGAUAAAGUUAUUGUAGCAGAAGCACUACCUCCAAAGGAUGGCCAGGCUGCCACAAUUAACUGGCACUAUGCAGACACCAUGCCAAGGAGCAAUUUAAAUGCAAUUAACUCCGAGGCUAUUCCUAUGAAAGCAGUGAAUGACAGCUUAGAUGAGAAUCUGACGGUUGAUUACCAUUUUGCAAUGAAUGGGAAAUCAUUUUCAGUAAUUCUGGAACACUUUCAGGAUCUGGUUCCAAAGCUGGUGUUGCAUGGUACAGUGUUUGCCAGGAUGGCCCCUGAUCAGAAGACGCAGUUGGUGGAGGAACUGCAGAAUGUUGAUUACUAUGUUGGCAUGUGUGGAGACGGAGCGAAUGAUUGUGGAGCACUGAAAAGAGCCCAUGGCGGUAUAUCACUAUCGGAGUUGGAAGCAUCUGUAGCAUCACCUUUCACCUCCCGGACGCCCAGCAUUGCAUGUGUGCCAGAUCUAAUACGGGAAGGGCGUGCAGCUUUAAUCACUUCAUUUUGUGUAUUCAAAUUCAUGGCUCUGUACAGUAUUAUCCAGUAUUUCUCUGUCACCCUGCUCUACUCUAUCCUUAGCAAUUUAGGUGACUUCCAAUUUCUCUUCAUUGACCUGGCCAUCAUACUGGUUGUGGCGUUUACAAUGAGUUUAAACCCAGCCUGGAAAGAGUUGGUAGCACAAAGACCCCCAUCUGGUCUAAUAUCUGGACCCCUUCUAUUUUCUGUCCUUUCCCAAAUAUUUAUUUGCUUGGCAUUCCAAACCAUGGCUUUUCUGCUUGUGAAACAGGAGCCCUGGUACGAGGUCUGGACACCCAGCAGCAAUGUCUGCAAUAUCUCUUUAGAUGGUCAUGAAAAUCACACUAAAAUUGAUGAGCAUAACAUCAGCAACUAUGAGAACACAACCCUGUUCUAUGUAUCCAGCUUCCAGUAUCUCAUUGUGGCAGUUGUAUUUUCAAAAGGAAAACCCUUUCGCCAGCCCAGCUACAAAAACUAUUUCUUUGUAAUCUCAGUGUUGGCUCUCUAUGCCUUAAUAAUAUUCUUCAUGCUGCACCCUAUAAACUCUGUUGACAGCUUUUUUGAGCUGGUCUGUGUCCCAUUUCAAUGGCGCCUUGUAAUGCUGUACAUUAUUAUUGGAAAUGCAUUGACAUCAGUUUUGGUAGAGACUGUCGUCCUUGAUAUGAUACUCUGGAAGCUUGUGUUCAACCGAGACAAGCAGGGAGAGUCCCACCUCAUGGUCACCCACCCCCCACAGGAGGCCAUUGAUCGUUGGGGAGGACAUUUCUGCUCAUUUUUGUGCUUCUGUCGAAAAAAGAUGCCCAAAGCCAAAUACAUGCACUUAGCACAGGAACUAUUGGUGGAUCCAGACUGGCCACCUAAGCCAAGAACAACUACUGAAGCGAAAACUUCUGUUCAAGAAAAUGGCGGUCACCAUAUUGUCACAAUUACGUAGCAUUUGCUUUAAGUGGCUUUUUUAUUUUUUUUAUUUUGUUUCCAAUACGAUUGUCCCAUAUGCACUGCUGGUGGGGUCUGUAAUGCAUUGUACACUGCAGAGCCCAUCACUAGAGUUUUCAUAGUGUCUUAAUUCUGGAGUUGGGCAUGGUCACCAGCGUUGCAUACUUAAGUCUCCGUGUAAAGUCUGAAUGGAACUCAUUUUUUAAAGGCUUCAGAAAUGUUUUUUUUUUUUUUAAUAAUAAUUUCAAUUCUAUAUGCAGCACUGUGUGAGGUGGGGAACAUGAAUUUUUUUUAUGAAUUAUUUUGCUCAUAUAAUAUCACUUCUAUUCUUCCUUUUUUCCAAGUCAUUUGGGACCAUUGUGUAAAAAGGUGUAAUUGUCAUGCUAAUUAACUAAUUUGCUUUUAGUUUCCUGUGGCCCGGAAAUAUGACAGGGGUCUAGGCAACUGCCAAACGGAAGGGAGGUGCAUUACAGCUUUAACCUGUGUUGGUUUGGAAAUGGCUUGUGUUGAUGCCAUAUAAAUAAUUCUGAAGAAGAUGAUUAAAAGGAUAAGUUCACCUUUGGGAACAUGUUUUUAGGGUGGAACAUGUAACAUGUUCCCACUGCUGCAGACGCUCCCUGCUGCCCUCUGUCCUUGUAACAGCGGUAUGGGGAGAAGCUCCCUGUACUAGCUUUCACUUUUUGAAACAGCAUGGACGUGUGGUGCUCCACCCACAUGGUUGCUUCAUUCAUACACAGAGCUCUGUGUAUGAAUGAACUAGAAGUCCCGACAUCCUCUUGCGGCUGUCGGCUAGUUUUUUUAAUGAACUACCACAGCGAUGUUGAGUGCUGUGAUAGUUCAUUGAGUUUUCCUGUCAAUGUGAAACUGCCUGGCUGUACCAUGUACAGGGCAGAGAGCUCACACUCAGUCUGCUAGGAGACCUGUAUGGCAUCAGCAAUCUGCUGUCCGCUGGAGCAAUACUUUCCAGGCUCCUAAAAAAAGAAAAAUAGUAAAUGCACAUUUUUUUACUUGCAAAAAAUGUUUUUAUUUAAGUGAACUUAUCCUUUAAGGCUGCAUCAGACUUGGUGUUCAUGGAACGUGCACAAAACGUGUGUCACGCUUGCGGUGUCCUUUAUUGUUAAUGACACCCCAAACAUGGCAACUAGAUGUGUGUUUUCACAUGUGUCAAAAGCAUCACAAUGUGGUUAAAAAAAAAAAAGCAUGAAGCUCAAUACCCAAAUAAGGUAUAUAAGCUGCGUCUUUUGUGUUUUUGUCUCACCUAGGGCAGACCAUUUAAAUGAAUGGGCUGCCCUAUGUGUGUAGCACCAACAUGCAAAACAAGAGGCACUAGGUGUGAAUCUUUAAAUCAGAUAAGCUGAGCGAAUAAUAACAAUGCAAAGGGCAGUGAGGUGUGCUAUCCACUAUGACAACCUGUAUGUAUUUUUUUUAUCCGUAUUGGUUUUUGAAGGUUUAUUUUUUGCUUGGUGAUUAGGAAUUGCAGCUCUUAUUCUUAAUAAAUAUUGCACUGAGAUUUUUUUUCCAAUGUCUGAAGAAUCGUAUAUCUUCUAAAUUAAAUUCUGUAUGCCUCUUGUUGAGAUGGCAAGCUGUAGACAGUUGAGCGCAAGUCCUGCAAGAAAAAAAAAUGGCUAUACGUGCAUUUACCCAUAUAGACCAAUCUUAAUUCAGUUUAAAAGUAAAAGCUGAUAGCUUGCAAAACUUUUAACGCAGGUCUUUCCCUUACUGAAUAAGCACUUGCAUGUAGAUCUCCAUGUGCUGUUUUUAUUCCCAAUUUAGAAUUCGAUUUUUUGGUCUGUUUGCUUAUUCACUGGAUUGAUAACCUAUAAAUAUUUUGUUGGAUGAGCCUAUGUUUUCAGUUAGUAGUUCCUGAGGAACAAAUACAAUUUUUAUAAAAAAUAAGACAUUUCUGAUUUGGGUAAUAACAGCAGCAUUCAACUGAGGUAGUACCGUAAUUAUGUGUGUGUGUAUGUAUGU